AUGCAGUCCGAACAACGCAAUCAAGGAGCUCGAUUACAACCGAGCACAGGGGCAUCGUCAAACCAACCUACCCAGGAAGCCCCUCCGGGACUCAUUGACCUGUCAAAUGAGCCGACCGCCGAGGACCAAGCAAUCGUGGCGCACGCCAUGAAAUCAUUUAAACGAGUCACAUCGAAACUCUCCAAGGGCGACACUCGUAUUGAACGACUGCGACUUGGUUACGAUCCCUAUCCCAAUCUUGCGGAGCUCCCUCGGUCCCCCAUCACGCGGCAGUGCAAGUGCUGGCUAAUUAAUGCUGGCGCGCAAGGAAUGUUAUGCGAUACGCUCGCAUGUGCCAACUCCUCGGAAUACGUUGUCUGUCCACCGGAUUGUACUUCGCGCCACCGCUGUGCCAACCAACGAUUUGACAAACACAACGCUGAAGCGCCACACGAAGUGUUUGUGACCCAGCGUACCGGUCUGGGAGUGAAGGCGUCCGAGGUGAUUCCGUUGGGUGCCUUUGUGAUGGAGUACAUGGGUGAGGUCAUUCGUGGCGAUGAGUUCAAGAAGCGGCUCACUCAAGAUACCGUUGAUGGCAAGCGGGACUUUUACUUCCUCAGUAUUCGGGACGACUACUUCAUUGACGGUCGCCUGUACUCGAACAGUUCCCGGUUCAUCAACCACUCGUGUCAACCCAACUGUGUUAUCGAAGUAUGGAAGAAAUGCGGCAUCAAGCGAGCUGCCUUGUACGCGUUGAAGGAAGUUGGCCGCUUUGAAGAACUCACGUUUGAUUACAACUGGUGGAAUACCUUUGAUGCAUCGAACUUUGAAUGCCGCUGUGGUGCAGAAAGAUGCACGCGUCAAGGGGUUUAA